CGGGGGGCGAGCGCGGCGGCGGACCCGGCGGGAUCGCAGCAGGAGCCCAGCCGGGACUGUCGCGCGGGCCGCGCCGGCGAUGCCGCGCCCCCGGGCCGGGCUGUAGCGGGGCCGCGGCCGGAGUGCGCGCCGGGCAGGCGGGACAUGGAGGUGGUGGACGAGACGGAGGCGCUGCAGCGCUUCUUCGAAGGCCACGACAUCAACGGUGCCCUGGAGCCCUCCAACAUAGACACCAGCAUCCUGGAGGAAUACAUCAGCAAGGAGGAUGCCUCUGACCUCUGCUUCCCUGACAUCUCUGCUCCAGCCAGCUCGGCCUCCUACUCCCACGGGCAGCCCACGAUGCCCGGCUCCAGCGGGGUCCACCACCUGAGCCCCCAUGGUGGUGGACCCUCCCCGGGGCGCCAUGGUCCCCUCCCACCCCCGAGCUACGGCGCCCCCCUGAACUGCAACAACAACAACGGCAUGGGCGCUGCCCCCAAGCCCUACCCAGGGGGCGCCGGGCCCCCCAUCAAGGCGGAGCCCAAGGCUCCCUAUGCCCCAGGCACACUGCCGGACUCUCCCCCAGACUCGGGCUCCGAGGCCUACUCCCCUCAGCAGGUGAAUGAACCCCAUCUCCUGCGUACGAUAACCCCUGAGACGCUGUGCCAUGUGGGAGUGCCCUCCCGCCUGGAGCAUCCGCCCCCACCUCCAGCCCACUUGCCAGGCCCCCCACCGCCUCCACCACCCCCACCGCACUACCCUGUCCUGCAGCGGGACCUGUACAUGAAGGCUGAGCCCCCGAUCCCUCCCUACGCUGCCAUGGGGCAGGGGCUGGUGCCCACUGAGCUCCACCACACCCAGCAGUCCCAGAUGCUGCACCAGCUCCUGCAGCAGCACGGAGCUGAGCUCCCCACACACCCCUCCAAGAAAAGGAAGCACUCCGAAUCCCCCCCCAGCACCCUCAAUGCCCAGAUGCUGAAUGGAAUGAUCAAACAGGAACCCGGGACGGUGACAGCCCUGCCUCUUCAUCCCACUCGAGCCCCAUCCCCACCCUGGCCUCCCCAGGGUCCGCUCUCCCCAGGCCCUGGUUCCUUGCCUCUCAGCAUUGCCCGCGUCCAGACACCGCCUUGGCACCCACCAGGUGCCCCCUCCCCAGGCCUCCUUCAGGACAAUGACAGCCUCAGUGGCUCCUACCUGGACCCCAACUACCAGUCCAUCAAAUGGCAGCCCCAUCAGCAGAACAAGUGGGCAACCCUGUACGACGCCAACUACAAGGAGCUGCCCAUGCUCACCUACCGCGUGGACGCCGACAAGGGCUUCAACUUCUCCGUGGGUGACGACGCCUUCGUGUGCCAGAAGAAGAACCACUUCCAGGUGACAGUGUACAUUGGCAUGCUGGGCGAGCCCAAGUACGUCAAGACGCCCGAGGGCCUCAAGCCCCUCGACUGCUUCUACCUGAAGCUACACGGAGUGAAGCUGGAGGCCCUGAACCAGUCCAUUAACAUCGAGCAGUCCCAGUCAGACCGGAGCAAGCGGCCGUUCAACCCAGUCACGGUCAAUCUGCCCCCAGAGCAGGUCACGAAGGUGACUGUGGGACGGCUGCACUUCAGCGAGACCACCGCCAACAACAUGCGGAAGAAGGGCAAGCCCAACCCCGACCAGAGGUACUUCAUGCUGGUGGUGGCCCUCCAGGCCCACGCACAGAACCAGAACUACACACUGGCCGCCCAGAUCUCAGAGCGAAUCAUCGUGCGGGCCUCCAACCCAGGCCAGUUCGAGAGCGACAGCGACGUGCUGUGGCAGCGGGCACAGGUGCCCGACACCGUCUUCCACCACGGCCGCGUGGGCAUCAAUACAGACCGGCCGGACGAGGCGCUGGUUGUGCACGGGAAUGUCAAGGUCAUGGGCUCGCUCAUGCACCCCUCGGACCUGCGCGCCAAGGAGCACGUGCAGGAGGUGGACACCACUGAGCAAUUGAAGAGGAUCUCGCGCAUGCGGCUGGUGCACUACAGAUACAAGCCCGAGUUCGCCGCCAGCGCGGGCAUCGAGGCCGCCGCGCCAGAGACAGGUGUCAUCGCUCAGGAGGUGAAGGAGAUCUUGCCUGAGGCUGUGAAAGACACCGGAGACAUGGUCUUUGCCAAUGGGAAAACCAUAGAGAACUUCCUGGUGGUGAACAAGGAGCGCAUCUUCAUGGAGAACGUGGGCGCUGUGAAGGAGCUGUGCAAGCUGACCGACAACCUGGAGACACGCAUCGAUGAGCUGGAGCGCUGGAGCCACAAGCUGGCCAAGCUGCGGCGGCUCGACAGCCUCAAGUCCACCGGCAGCUCGGGAGCCUUCAGCCAUGCAGGGAGCCAGUUCAGCCGGGCGGGCAGCGUCCCCCACAAGAAGAGGCCCCCCAAGGUGGCCAGCAAGUCACCGUCCGUGGUUCCAGACCAGGCCUGCAUCAGCCAGCGCUUCCUGCAGGGAACCAUCAUUGCCCUGGUGGUGGUCAUGGCCUUCAGCGUGGUGUCCAUGUCCACACUGUAUGUGCUGAGCCUGCGCACGGAGGAGGACCUGGUAGACACUGAUGGCUCUUUGGCCGUGUCUACUUCCUGUCUCCUGGCCCUGCUCCGGCCCCAGCCCCCUGGGGGGAGUGAGGCCAUGUGCCCAUGCAGGUCCAGCCAGAGCUUUGGGACUACGCAGCUCCGACAGUCCUCCGUGACCACUGGGCUGCCAGGCAUACAGCCUUCUUUCCUGCUGGUGACCACCAGCAUGACCAGCUCAGCACCAGGUUCUGCCCUCCGCACCCUGGAUCUGUGUUCCAGCCACCCCUGCCCUGUCGUCUGCUGCGCCUCACCCACUGCCAGCCCCACCACUGGUCCCAGUCUUGGCCCCAGCUUUACCCCUGGCCAUGUUCCCAGCCCCAGCCCCAGCCCCAGCCCCAGCACCAACCGCUCAGGCCCCAGCCAGAGGGCCCUGCUGCCAGCCACCAACAUCAGAGCCAAGUCCUGGGGCCUUUCAGUCAAUGGCAUUGGCCACUCCAAGCAUCACAAGAUGGAGCCUCUGGCCAGCCCUGCAGUCCCCUUCCCUGUGGGGCAGGGCAAAGCCAAGAACAGCCCCAGCCUUGGUUUCCAUGGCCGGGCCCGCCGAGGGGCUCCCCGGUCCAGCGUGGGCCCUGCUCAGCCCACCUGGGCCCAGGGCCAGUCAGCUUCUCUCCUCGCAGAGCCAGUGCCCUCCCUGACCUCCAUCCAAGUGCUGGAGAAUUCGAUGCCCAUCACCUCCCAGUACUGUGCUCCAGGGGAUGCCUGCAGGCCUGGGAACUUCACCUACCACAUCCCUGUCAGCAGCGGCACCCCACUGCAGCUCAGCCUGACUCUGCAGAUGAAUUCCUCCUCCCCAGUGUCCGUGGUGCUGUGCAGCCUGAGGUCAAAGGAGGAGCCGUGUGAGGAGGGGGGCCUUCCACAGAGUCUCCACGCCCACCAGGACACCCAGGGCACUUCUCACCAGUGGCCAAUAACCAUCCUGUCCUUCCGUGAAUUCACCUACCACUUCCGGGUGGCGCUGCUGGGUCAGGCCAACUGCAGUUUGGAGGCUCUCGUCCAGCCAGCCACAGACUACUACUUCCACUUCUACCGCCUGUGUGACUGAGCUGCCUCCUGAGGCAGCGCCAGGGACCAGGGGUGCCUGGGCACCCCACAACACUGGAUGCAAUGGUGUACACUGGAGCCCGCUGCAGGCCAGCUCUGCUGUUCACUGGCCCACCCCGAGACUGGUGAAACUGGAAGUCUUCACACUGGAGUUGCUGUUCCAGCUGGUUGCGCCUCACAGCACAGAGGGAACCUGAGAGCCAGAGACUUCCUGGGCCUUCCUGCCUGCCACCCUCUCGGGGCCAGGACAGGACCAGUUCACCUCUGUCCAGAUAUGGUGGCUGGAGGGCUGGUUCAGGUGCCCUGGAGGCAAGGGGAAGCCUGGGACCCUCAUUUGUUCAGAGCCCACUCUCCCUUGCCUCCCCUUUUGAGACUGGAGCCAACCCUCUUGGAAAGAGGAGCUGCCCACCUUUGAGAUCAGCAGGGUGCUUGGAUCCAGCCCUCAAAGACUUGGGUAGACCCCCAUGAGUCAACGGAAGGCAGAUGGCUCUCCCCCUUAAAGCUAUUCCCUGGGGGAUGGCUAGGUAGUAGACUUUCUGGGGUUUACCUGUUACGCUGGACUUGGAUUUCUAAGCUUUAAAUGUGGCCCAGGAAGUUUCUUCUCCCUGGGACAGCUUGGCUCCCAAGAAGUCCCAGGGCAACCGAGGCCAGCCCUAGAUGGGUUGGAGAAACCGACUUUGUGCCUUAAGUCAACUCAGUGCCUGGUGAAGCCACCCUCAGCCCUUCACAGGCCUGAACCAGUGGGGGCCAGUGGGCCAGGUAAGCCCCGGAGCCUUGAACCAAGAAUAUCUGGAAGGGGACGUUCCCUUUGAGCCCCCAGAUGGUGUUGCUGCCCACUGCCUGUGUUCCUGGAGUGUAUGGAGGUCACAGUGAUGUCAGUGAUCACAUCCUUCUCUCUGAGCAGAGGAGCAGGAAUCCCUCAAGCAGCAGCCUGGUCUUGGCUGGUGGGCAGAUGCAAAUAGCUUUUGCUGUUAUUAAUGAAGUAACUACUAAAUGCACUUAAACCAGGGCAGGAAGGAAUGGAAGAAUGGAGCUAGAAAGCUCAGAGUGGGCUAGAGCAGGGUGUGACACUUACAGACAGGGCCCUGGCUCCGAUCCCUCCCAGGGAGCCUCAGACACCCAUCCCACUCCUGACCACCAAGGCCCUGAGUUAGGGAAGAAGUUGUAUCUUAAGUACCAACUUCAAGUUUCUUAGUGGUACCUGGUCCAUUCUGAGGUCACAUCCAGGCUCAUGGAAGGAGUGUGGUAAUCAUUUAGCCAUGUCUGCCAUGGGUCCAGAAAUGGGAAAGGGAAUUGCUGUCCUUGCCCUGUGGUACGCUGCCACCUCUUUGGGAACCAGGCCUUGCCCCUGGCCCACUGCUCAUUCUCAGCUUUGAAUGGGAGGCCUUUCUAUAGUGGAGCUGAAUCCUUGAAGCCUGUGACCUGCAGGCCCCCUUUUGCCAUUGAUCUGAAAGCACUUGUCCUCAGGAUAGGGAACAGCAAGGGGAUGCAGGAAUAGCAGGGAUAGCUUCCUCCCAGCCCCCUCCCCAAUUAGGCUCCACUGACAUAGGAAUUUCUCGAUUCCCAUACCAUGCAGGGGCUGAGCCUUACUUAGGAUGACUUUGUUCUCCCUCCUACUGAGGGAGUCCUCCCUAUGCCUUAAAACUGCUGAGCCCCACUCCAUGUAAUAGGAUUCUGGGGCUUCCUCAAUGGGGGUUCAUGUUCUUAGACAGUGGCCCCUCAGUCCUUAACUGGAAAGUGACUGUCCACUGCCCCCUGGAGCCCAUGUGGACACAGCACAGCCCCAAACCCAUUAGCAGCUGGCUCUGUUUCCAUGCCUGGGGAGGGGUUCCUCAGUGCAGGCGUUGGGGCCAGGCUGGGGCUCCAAGCUGCUUAAGGGGGGUCAACCUUGGACCAAAGUUGCCUUAAGCCUGUGGUAGAAGGGCUUCAGGAAAGGUAAGUGGGCCAGCUGCCCAGCUGGCAAUGGUGAGUGUCCUGGCCCCAUCCCUGCCCUGGGUCCAGCAGGUCAGCCCUCCCUUCUCUCUCCUUUGGCGUUUGUUCCUGUAGCCACUGGGCUAAUCUCCCCCUAGCUUCAAGCUGUACAUAGGGCCUCCCAGUGCAAAUCAUGCUGCCCAUAUUGUGCCCCCAUAGAAGCCUGCAUGUGCAUAGAGCGCCCCCUACCUACCUCCCAGUUAACUCCCAGUUCCUCUCCCUAAGCUUGGACUCGUAUUUAUCAUGUACCAACUCUGACUCUGAGGUGGGCAGUGAGGGCAGCAGCCCCAGGCCUGCUUAUUUCCUGUCCCUGAACUGUUCUUUUCUUCUGAAGUGAAUAUACAUAUAUAAAUAAAUGUAUAAAUACUGCUUUGUAUCUGA